AUGUCGUCAACAAACCGUCUCAUCCUAGGCCUCAUGACCAUCGGUCCAGAUACGACCAAAGGCGCACGCAUUACCUCACAAGAUGUCUACAAGAAGUGUCUUGACUACCUCUCGUCCAAAGGUUACAACGAGUUGGACACGGCAGCUGCUUACGUUGGCGGCCAGCAAGAGGGUUUCACGCGCGAAGCCGGCUUUACAGAGCGCGGCUUCUCGAUUGCUAGCAAGAUCAUGCCCACAAAGCCACACGACCACAAGCCCGAAAAGUUGAGGCAAUCCUGGGAAGUCAGUCUAUAUAAACUCGGCGUCAAUUGCGCCGAUAUAUUGUAUCUUCAUGCUCCUGACCGGACAACACCAUUUGAGGAAACCUUGGAGGGUGUAGAUCAGCUGUACAAGGAAGGCAAGUUCAAGACGCUCGGCCUCAGUAACUACGCGGCUUGGGAGGUUGCCGAGAUAGUCGGCAUCUGCGAGAGGAGGGGUUUCGUCAAGCCCACGAUAUAUCAGGGCAUGUACAACGCUAUAACUCGUGCGCUCGAGUCUGAGCUUGAGCCUUGCCUGCGGAAGUUUGGCAUCUCGCUGGUGAUCUACAACCCCCUGGCCGCCGGCCUGUUCUCAGGCAAGUACAGCACACUGGACGCGCCGUCCGAAGGACGAUUCUCGGACACUCAGGGUCUCGGCAAGAUGUACCGAGACCGCUACUUCAAGGACUCGGUUAUUGAGGCGCUCGCUGCAAUCGAGCCUGUUGCCAAGGAGAACGGAAUACCGCUGAUUGAAGUGGGUCUACGCUGGUGUGUACACCACAGCAAGCUUCGAAUGAGGAGCAAGGGUGGGGAAGAUGGCAUCAUACUGGGAAUAAGCUCUUAUGACCAGCUUGUGCAGAACAUCGAGGCCUGCGAGAAGGGCCCGUUGCCUGAUACGGUUGUACAGGCCCUAGAUCAGGGUUGGGAGAAAACAAGAGGGGAUGCCGCUACGUAUUGGAGAUAA